AUGCUAGGGAGCACUCGGAGACUUGACCCACGAGUUGGUAAGUGGCAAGCGGUUCGUCCCAUGUCAACAUGCCGAGAACGUCUAGGAUCUGCUGUGAUAAAUGGAUACUUGUAUGCAGCGGGAGGAUCUCAUGGCACAUGCCAAUUGAAAACGGUUGAGAAAUACGACCCUCGCAUCAAUGAAUGGACUUCAGUGGCUGACAUGAACGAAGUUCGAGUUGGAAUGAGAUUGGCCGUUGUCAACGAUAGGCUUUAUGCUGUGGGUGGGCGUGGAGGCGCCGACCAAGAAACAGUUGAA